GGCUGAGCGGAAGCCGCCGGAGGAAGCUCCGCUGGCCGCGCCGCGCCGCCCUUAGCUUCCAUCGCCUCAGGAGGGAGCGAGGAGGCACCGGAGGCGGCUUCCCUGGGCUCCCCUCGCCGCCGGACCCCCGGGCUGCCCGGGAAAUAUUGUUGGUGUAAGGACGUUGGUGUGAAGACAUCAGAGUGAUAGUUCACUUUGAGCACCAGAACAAACUGCACGAGAGAUGGAGGAGCAGGAGGAAAAAGAGCCAUGGUAUUUCCAGCAAGUGUACGCCAGAUACUGGAAGCACUAUGACUUAGCCAUGCGCUGGAUGCGUAGGCACCAGAAAGCCUACAGGAGAGCCAUGGAGUCCUUUUACCAUCUACCAUGGCCUCCUUCUGCAGCUUCUCCAAGCAGCCGCUACUCAGAUUGGGAUGGGAAUGACCCCCCAUGUACCCACGACUAUUUUUCCAGCUAUAAGCCUCAUGGCAGAGCUCAUCACCAUAGCAGAGCUCAGCAGUAUGCAGGUGCCCACCCAGAAAGGGAGGAUGCUGACAGAGAUUCUGAAAUGGAGGAGGACUCCGAGUCUGAGGGGGAGAUAGAGUAUGACCUGAGUAACAUGGAGAUCACAGAGGAACUUCGCCAGUUUUUUGCCCAGACAGAGAGGCAUCGGGAAGAACUGCGGAGACAGCAGCAGCUGGAAGCUGAGCAACAAGAAAUGUACGUGGAGGCUGAUCAAGACCUGCACAGAAGCACGAGGCGUUCUGUGGAGCCGCCUACAGAAAGACCCGGGGAGAGACGAAUGGUAGAAAUGGAGAAACUGUAUGGUGCUGAAGCUGCCAAAAUCCUAGCGAUGGAGACUGCCAUGCAACUUAUCUUUGAUAGAAAUUGUGACAAAAAACAGCCCAAAUACUGGCCCAUUAUUCCCCUCAAGCUGUGAGUACCUGGAUUGUGCUCUGACCUGGCACUGAGCUGUAGGGAUGGGUGCCUCUGGCUGUGCUGCUGAAAGAAUAAUUUGCAGAUUUUGGUUUUGGAUGGGCUUUAGGGUAGAGGCUAGCAAGGGCACAAUGUUCUUCUGCCCUAUGUUCCUUUUACACCGUCAGUGAUGGUCACAGUCCAUUCUACUUCCGUGCCAUUGCUGACUAGUAAAAGGAAGGGAUAGUAAUAUUCCUGUCUAAAAUCAGAGUUUCACUUACUUGAUUCCAGCCUGUCUUUACCAUACUGUGAGAAGUGUAACAACAUCUAUACUUAGUGAACUGGGAGAACUUAAAAGCAAUGACAAAAAGACUAUACAAAGUAUCAGCUGUUCCCAUUUACAAAUCUGAGUAGUCCCACUUUCUAGUCUUAUUAAAUAUAGUAAGCAUUGGGAUCCAGCUUAACACAGCACAACGAAGUGUUCUGUCUGGUAAUCCUUGAUUUUUAUUUUAUUUUUUUUGAGAACCAGGAGCCCACUGGCCAAGACACAACAUAUCAGAUUACUGUAGUCCAGCCAUCUCAGUUCUUUUUAGGAGGCUUAUAAUGAAGCAGGAAGUUUUUCUUAUACACUGAUACUUGUCUGGCAGGAGUUCAACUCUGAAGCAAAAUUAGGUAGGAAAAUGAAGGGGGUGGGGGAAAGUGGGGGAAAACCUGGUGUGGCCCUGCCUGUUAGAGAUCUGUUUAGCAGAAGAGAUCCUUAGGAGGACAAAGCAUGCUCGGAACCAAUGCCAACAGUGACUUUUGCCAUUCUAAUAAAAAGCAUCUAAUUGGCUUGAAGGUGGAAAGAAGACAUAGUAGCAGCCUGAUAGACUGAGGGUACAUCUGUCCGUGCUCUGCAGAGGUCUGGAAACCAUGUUAGCCCUGAGGGCUACAUUUAUUUUGGGUUUAGCUCUCCAGUGCCCACCUGUGUGUUACAUGAACAAGGCAUAAACAUAUGCAAAUUCAUAAUGUACCUUGGUGUGUGUGCUCACCCAUCUGCAAAGGCUGUUGGGCUCCAGUUCUGUUGCUCUCUCUGCUUUUGUGCAGUUGUGCUUGCCCCACUAAAGCUGAUCUGCCAGACUGAGGCACGCAGCCCGUCUGUGCAAGAGAGGCAGGAUGGACCCCUUAGUACUGGUGAUCCUGUAGAAAAUGGUACCCUGACCACUUCAAAGGACUUUCUCUGAAGCACUGCUGCUACGUAUCAUUGUGUGCUGGAGAGCAGUAGUUUGUAUUAAGCACUGCUACCAUGCCAGGGCAAAGGAACAUUAUGCUGUUUUAAUUCUGACAAACAUUCGUGCACCGCCUUUGCCAUGGAGAAAGUCACAGCUGCAAUUAAUUUUAAUUCAUGCCCCUUGUGUCUGGUGUCUCUUGUAUAGCACGUGUAAUUUGUAAUAUACAGCGGUAGUUGCUGUGCCCUCUGCAGCAGCCAGCUGCACCAAAGCAAGUCUAAGGUGUAGUUGGGAAUCUCUUUGUUUCUACUAGGAGUUAGUAUGUUUUUUUUCAAAUCAGGAUUUUCAGUUCAGUUCCACCUCCUUCACUUUAGAUGUAAAGAGAUCUGAAAAUUUAAAGUCCUGAUCUCGGAGACUUGUUACUGAUGUGAUUGAUUUGAAAAACUGGUGUGUGACAGGAGAGGGAACAGUAGUGUUAUGAAUUACAGUCCUGCAUUUGUCUUCACUCUUGUUUUGUGGUGGGUUCUGUCAGAAAUCUACUGUUCUGUUUGGGCUUCUAUGCUGACCAAAUAAAUUCUCUUAAUAACAA